AUGCGGCAUUCCAUUUUAGUGGAGGAAGACUACAGCAAUAGUAAUGACUAUUACAAUGUGGAGAAUCCCUGCAUGUAUGGGGAGAGUUAUAAGGAUGAGUUGGAGCCCAGAACGUCGGGGUUGCCAGUGGAAAUGUUGAGGAGCUUAAACAUGACGAGCGAAUGGGGAAAUCGUUGGUCCAUAAAUGUGAUUCAGGGAUCCAAUUUUGUUGUGGUGAUUGGAGUUGGCGAGCUGGGUGCAAAAUGUAUGUGA